AUGUCGCCGGUGACCGUGCGGGACGCGCGCCGCGAUGAUCUUCCUGUCAUCCACCGCAUGAUACACGAGCUAGCGACGUUCGAGGGCAUGCCGGAUGGCCCGCAGCUCAGCGUGGCAGAUUUGGAGGAAGACGGGUUCGAUAGCUCACCGCCGUGGUACUUCCUGUUGAUAGCGGAAUGCGAGGGUGAGAUCGUAGGCUAUGCGAUGUGCAACCGUGCCUACUCGAGUUGGACGCGGCGCGCUUUCUAUUUGGAGGACCUGUACGUGGUGCCGUCGCGGCGGCGGGCGGGGGUGGGGCGCGUGCUGCUGCAGGAGCUGUGCGCGCGCGCGCUGGCGAGCGGCGUGCGGCGCGUGGACUGGCACGUGGCGGCGAGCAACAGCGCCGCGCGCCGGUUCUACGCAAGGCUCGGCGCAAGGGACUUGCAGCUCAGUGAAGGCCGCCUCGCGCUGCGGCUUGAUGCACCACGCAUAGAAGCCGUCGCGCACGGACAUCUGCUGAACGCUGAUAACGUACUUUGCGAUUGA